AUGGGGAUAUUUAGGCUGCAAGACAACAUGGACGUGAAGGAGCUACCCGAAAAAGCGUUCGGAAAUGCUGCCUUCAAGGUAAUACUCGUGAGGAACACCUCGGUGAAGAUCGUGUAUCCGUCCGCCCUGCUGUCUUCCAAGUACCUGCUGUCUCGGCUGGCAGUGGAAAACAGCCGACUCAACGGGUUCCCGUUCUAUCUCCUCCCUGAGCUGCAGCGGCUGGAGGUGCUCUCCCUCGAAGGCAAUUACUUCGUGUCUGUCCCAUUGCUUCAGAGUCCCAGCCUGAAGCUGCUCUCGCUUGCAAGAAACGAGAUUCUUAGACUUGACGAAGAAGGAUGGACGACUCCUAUCUUGCGGUCGCUUAACAUCAGUUACAAUCCCCAACUGAACUUUCGGACCACAAUCACGAAGAACCUCGGAAGACUUGAGACAUUCGACGGUUCUGGGUUGAAUCUGGGACCUAUUCUCUCCGGUGGGACCCUGGAGUUCCGCAGCAGGACCCUCAGAGAGAUUUGGCUCGACUUCAAUAACAUUUCCAGCCUGGAGCCGAAUGCGAUUAGAGGGAAUCCCAUCCAGUGCGAUUGCGGGUUGGACUGGUUUGCCUUCGUCAAGGGCUUGAUGGCGAAUGUGCGAAAUGGCAAAUGCGAAAACGGAACUGAAUUCAAGAAUUUGCACCUGGAUUCCUUAAGAAAUUGUCGGUUGUGUCCUUACAAAUGCAUAAAGGCCGAAGAGUUUCACCUUUGCGCGCCAGGCACCUUGAUUCAGUUGAAGGAGGGUGACUGUCGUCCCGGGGAAUUUUGCUGCGAGCCGAGAAGUACCUUAGUGACUGCUGUAACUGAAGCGAGUAUGGUAACACCAAGACCUUUGUGUCCCUUGGCGAAUGGAUCUUUGUGCAUCGAUGUAGCCUACGCUGCGCUGUGCGAUACGAGAACCUCGUUGUUUCACGCCUGUCCCCUGGAAACUCAAAUCUGCUGUCAGAUUCAUGGAAGUGAUGGACAGGUGGCCAUGCAAAGUCUGGUUGGAAUGCAAUCGUGUCCAUCAACUCAUACGUGUAUUCCUACUGAUUCAGCACAACACCAAUGCAAACCGGGAACGCAGAUUCGGAACUCGUGCAACGAAAAUCGUGUGUGCUGUGUCACUUCAACUACCUCCAAUGUUCCCUAUAAGGUUCCCACAAAGGGUUCAUCUAAGGCACCUUCUUUGUCACAUUGUGAAUACAAAUGCAUCUCCCAAACCAGCUCACGGUCCUGCGUGCCCGGGACCACGAACAAGAUGAGAGUAGAAUGCAAGACAGGCGACAUAUACUGCUGCCAGGUGAAUUGUGACCCUUCGUUCGGUCGCUGUAUGGCAGCUUACCUUUCCGAGGCGUGCAGGGCCCACGGCGACAGGGACUUCACUGACCUGUUUCGAUGCUCAGGGAAACAUCGCUGCUGUGCCCUCAAGACGGCCAUCGAGAAGAGGGAAUUAGAAGUGGUCUCCAACAGAGUGCUUCCAACAUCGAGUCUGACGAACGAGACGUGCUGGAUCGAAGGCAGCUCCACGAUUUCCAACUCAAGCCUUCGGCAACAUUGCUGGAAUGCUGUCCUUGUGGAUCCGAGUGGAAAGAUGCUUUGCGGCGGGGCCCUCAUUGAGCGUCAGUUUGUUGUCACCACCGCCUCCUGCUUCUUCUUCCACCGACAGUAUAAGAUCGGACAGCUGGCGAUAAGAGUCUCUGGGAGUCCGGUACGUCACCGCAUCGCUACGGACUUCUCGCACCGAAAAUUUCGAGAAGAAACGUUCGAAAAUGACUUGGGGAUGAUCAUCCUUGAGAAAUCAGUGAAGGCGGAGGAAGAGGCGUGCUUGUUGUGCACUCAAGAUGCCUAUAGUGUUCAGGAGUUCUCGGAGUGUAGGCUCAUCAGUCACUUCGAAGGGAGAGUGGUGAUGGAGCCCGUGGAGUAUGCGGCGUCGAUUGUAGAUUCAAGCGUGUGCCAAGAGAAGAUUCUCGAGGGGAGCGGUCUGCCUUCCAAUUCCAUGUGUGUCGCCUUCUCCUCUGCCUGGUGUGGGGAGUCCGGAGCUCCCCUCAUCUGCAAAGACGCCAGCUCUGGCUUCUACAGAGUAAGUGCCUCUAAAAUCCUCUCAGGCUCAAGCGUCCCAGUAAUUAACCGAAAUGUGGGGAUUUUCCAGCUGGCAGGCCUCUUGUCCCUCCCGAUUCAGCAAUGCCAGCCGGCGGACGUGCCCGGCGUCUUCGCCAACGCCACUUCCUCGCUCUCGACCAGCUUCUACGAGACGACUUUCACGGCCAGUGUUUUCCUCUCAAAGAGCCCCACGGAUAGGAAGGAAAUUCCCGAGACAAGCGAAGACGAGAUCGGGAUAGGUACCGGCAGUGGACUCGAAGAGAUUGAGGGCAGCAAAGAAUCGGAUUGCAUCCGAGACGGGAAGUACGUGCUUGGAAGCACCGUGACGUACAAGUGCGACCAGUUUUACAUCUUGAGGGGAUCGGGCUUUAGAACCUGCAGAAAGAUCGAACAAUGGACAGGUCACAUUCCGUUCUGCGAGGCCGAAUGCGGUAGGAAGUUGCAGCAUGUGGAGCUGUCAGCGGGGGGAAAGCCAGCACCGAAGGGGGAAUGGCCGUGGCAGGUAGCCAUCUACGACGGGGAGAAAAGGGACCUCAUCUGCGGAGGAGCGCUCAUCGCAGAGAGAUGGGUGCUGACGGCGGCGCAUUGCAUUACCGUUGACGGGACGACAAGGGCGCGGGAUGCAAGGAACUUCGUCGUGUAUCUGGGGAAAUACUAUCGGAAUGACUCCUUGGACAAUGAAUACGUGCAGCGGAGAGUGGCACUCUUGCCGCCCUAA